AUGUAUAUUCCACAAUUGUUCGUUAUUGGCAUAGUUCUCGUACCAUUAUUAAUUGAUGCUCUUCCACUUUUUCAUCGUGGUCGACCACGUGGUGGUAUGGUUGGUGCACCUAAACGACGUUCUCAUUUGAUAUUUCAUCAAAAAAAAUCACCAAGUGAUGAAAUAUGGUAUACACAACAACUUGAUCAUUUUAAUCCUGCUGAUAUACGAACAUGGCAACAACGAUUCUUUGUAAAUAGUGAACACUGGAAACAAGGUGGACCUGUUUUUAUUCAAAUUGGAGGUGAAGGUCCAGCUGAUCCGAUAUGGAUGACUGAAGGACAAUGGAUAAAAUAUGCUCAAACACAUGGUGCAAUUUGUGUCAUGCUUGAACAUCGUUUCUAUGGAAAAAGUCAUCCAACAGAAGAUCUUAGUACAGACAAUUUAAGAUAUUUAACUAGUGAACAAGCACUUGCCGAUUUAGCAACAUUUCGAGAAUAUUUCAAUGAAAAAUAUGGAGUAUCAGAACAAACGAAGUGGAUUUCAUUUGGUGGAUCAUAUCCAGGUUCAUUAUCAGCAUGGUUUCGUUUGAAAUAUCCACAUCUUGUUCAUGGUGCUAUUUCAGCUAGUAGUCCUAUGACUGCUUUAACUGAUUUUAGCGAAUAUUUGGUUGUUGUACGUAAUUCACUUGCAACUUAUGAUGAAAAAUGUAAUGAAGCAGUUAGUGGUGCAAUAAAAGUAAUGCAAGAUUUGGUAAAAUCAAGUGAUGGUCGUGCAACUUUAAAAAAUGCUUUUCGUUUAUGUGAUCCAAUUGAAACACAAAAUGAUGUUGAUAACUUUUUUGGAACAGUUACUGGUAAUUUCGAAGGUGUUGUUCAAUAUAAUAAAGAUAAUCGAGCAUUCGAAGGUGCCCGUGCAACUAAUAUCACAAUUGAUGUUGUAUGUAAAACAAUGCUUGAUACAAAUGAACCAGACAUUCUCCGACGUAUGACAAAUGUUAAUAAUAUGUUAUUAGAAGCAUAUAGUCAAACAUGUCUUGAUGCUGGUUAUAUGAGUAUGAUAAAUCAAUUACGACAAACAUCAUGGAAUGCAUCAGCAUCCGAAGGUGGUCGACAAUGGACAUAUCAAACAUGUGUUGAAUUUGGGUUCUUUCAAUCAUCAAAUGAUCCUCAACAACCAUUUGGAAAUAAUUUUCCAGCUUCAUUUUUUGUUCAACAAUGUUCGGAUAUAUUUGGCCCUAAAUUUGAUGAUAUUCUUCUUGAACGUGGUAUUAAUUUUACUAAUGCAUUUUAUGGUGCUGAGGGAUUUUCUGGUUCAAGAGUUUUAUUUGUUAAUGGAGCUAUUGAUCCAUGGCAUGCAUUAAGUUUUACUAAAGAUCCUCCACAUAAUAAUAGUGCUAUAUUCUUAUCAAGUACAGCUCAUUGUGCUGAUAUGUAUCCAGAUGCCGAAUGGGAUCCAGUAGAAUUAAGACAAGCUCGUCAAACGAUUAGUGAUACUAUUGGAAAAUGGUAUGAAGAUAUGGAACAUGAUACUUUACAACGCCGUUCAACGGCUACAAUCAAAAAUAUGGGUGUAAAUUCUUAUUCUCAAAUUGUUUCUGCAUUUCGUGCUCAAGGUGAUCUUACAGAAGAUAAAUUAAAUAUUUUACCUGUGUUACAAACUACACUCGGUAUUAGCCGAGAACGACAUACUGCAGAAAUAAAACGUGCACGUUAUGAUGAACAGUUAUCUGAAAUAGCUACAAGUAUUAAUUCAUCGUCUGAUACAACAAAUUGGGAAAUUGAAGCUAAUUAUAAUUGUCCAACAAUUGUUCAUCGUCCUCCGGAUACGAAAUAUAUUCGUUUAGCUGAACAUAUAUUACAAACAACACCGCCAACAACAAUUAUUCAAUAUCCUCAAUCUAAAAUCACAACAAAACUAAAUCAUGAUUUACAAGAACUUGUUCAUGAUGAAAUGAAACAUGAUGGAAUUAUUAAUGCAACACAACAACAAUUGAAUAAUUCAAUUAAACAAAAUUUUAAUAAUACAGAUAUAAACAGUUCGAAAGUAAUUCGUCUAGUUCGUGCUAAACAAGCAACAAAACGUAAAUCAAGUUUAGAUACAUUAAUUGAAGUUGUACAAAAAGAAUUACUUCGUGUUAAUGGACAAACAAAUUCAAUUUCACCAUCAUCAUCACCUCCUUCACAAAUACGUUCAUUAUCAUCAACAUCAAAAUUACAACAUCGUACACCCCAAUCAACAAUAACAAUUCCUAAUCGUUCAAUUAUAUCAUCUGUUUUACCAUCAUCACAUCCAGCUUCAUUAACAUCACAAUCGAAUAAUUCAUUUCAAAUAACACGUAAACGUGGAAUUUUAAAUAUAAAUAAUUCAAGAAAAUUUUCAUCAUUACACCAAAGAACUAAAUCUUUUCAAUACGAUGAAGAUGAUUAUGAUUCAAUGGAACAUUAUCAUGAAGAUAAUCAACAAUCCGGUCCAGAAAAUAUUGAAGAAAUUGUUCGUGAAACAGUUGAUACACUUGUUGCUAUAACACUUUGUAAUACUGCACCAUAUAUUGUUAAUAUGCUUACAGCUAUGCCAAAUAAUGGAAAUAAUACAAAUAUAGAAUCAAAAAAUAUCACUAGCACAAAUACUAUGAAAUCUCAAUCAAAUAAUUCAAAACUUGAUUAUCAUCGUAGUGAUCUUGCAUUACUUUCAUCAACAGCAAAUGAUUUACGAAAUUCGAAUCAACAAACAUCUCCUAUUAAACAACAACAACAACAAAUACAUCAUCCUCAAUUAAUAAUUCAACCAGCAACAACAACAAAUCCUAUUUCAACAAUUCAAGGAACAAAUACACCAACAUUAAUUGUUGCUCCACGUAUAUUAAAUUUUCAAACAGUUGUACCAAAACCAACAACGAAUAUUCAAAUUGGUAAUACGAAAAUAAUACUUGUUUCACCAUCAAAUAUUACUCAACAUCUACCACAUUCAACAACAUCAAAUCAAUCAACAUCUACUUCAUCUUCACAACAACAUCAACAACAGCAAAGUCCUAUUAAAUUAGUUAAAUUUACUACAACAAAUAAUAAUAAUAAUACUAAUUCUAUAACAGCACGAUCAACAACAUUACCAAUGAAUUCUACUCAAACAUCAACAUUAACUUUACCAAAAAAUGUUCAAAUUGUCAUUCCAUCUCAAACACCAUCAACAAUACAAUUAACACGAACACAUAAUGAUGAUUCAAAUAAAUCUCAUUCAACAACAUUUCGUCCUGUUACAACAAUGCCAAUGACAUUAACAACAUGUACAGUUGAUCAAAUUCCUCAAGCAGCACAAGAAGUGACAAUAACAACAUCUCCAACAUCAUCACCACCAUUAACAACAAAUAUAACUGAUCAUCAACAACAAUCAUCACUAGGUACAUCCAUUCAUAUUAUUUCUUCAAAUUCAAAUAAUCAAUUAGCAAAUAGUCAACAACAAUAUUUUCUAACGAAUUCAUCUGAGAUAAAUAAUGAUAAUAAUAAUAGUUCAACUAUAAAAAAAGUACGACGCCGUUCAUUUAGUACAACUAUUGCGGAUAAUUCAAGUUCAUUAUCGACUAUUCAACAACAACAACAACAACAAUUAUUGAAUGUAACUACGACAAGAACAAGUCCAAUACAUGAUGAUAUGAUAAAAUCAGUAGCAGUUAAUUUUCAACAACAACCACAACAAAUUCAACGACCACCAUUAACUCAUGGACCUAUGAUUUAUCGAAUGACAUCUGUCAAUCCAAAUGUACCUGUUUUUCGUGUACGUGCAACAACAGCUCCUACUUCAACGACAGUUAUAAAUAAAUCUAUUAAAACUGAGUCUAAACCAAUAUCAAUGGCAACUACUAGUAAUAUGUGUUAUGAACCUAAACCAACACAUAAUACUCCGACUACAAGUGGUUCCGUUUCUGUACUUGCUUGUUUUAAAACAACUAAGAAACGAAACAAAGAACGAGCGAUCAUGCCACGACCAAGUACAACGGAUUCAAAUGAAACAUCUACUGACUUACAACAACGAUUAAAUACUCCAACAAAUAUUAAUAAUACUUCAAUUCUUAAUAGUGAUAUACCAAAUAGUAAUUCUUCACCUGAUUAUCGUCAACAAUCAUCUUUAACACCAACACGUCUUGUUCAACAAACAAGUUUAUCAUCAACACAAUCAGAUGAUACUACAUUUAAUUCACAAGAACAAAUCAAUGAUACAACAACAUCAUCUUCAAAUAGUAUACCUAUUUCACGAAAUAAUAUAAACAAUUCGAGUUCAACAAAACUAAUAACAACACCUAAUGUUUCACCACCAACUUCACCCUUACAUUCAACACCAAAACCAGUAAUGGAAGAUAAAUCUAUUCAAUGUUUUAAUAAUGAGAACAGUAUAGAACGAGAAAAGAUGGAUACAACAGAUGAUGAACAAAGUUUCGAAACUAAAAAACGAUCUGAACAUGAUGAAAAUUGGACAAUAGUAGCAGACAGUCUUCUUCGUAAUAUUCUUUCUCAAUCUGAUUUUCGUUUUCUUGAUGUGAUUUGUCAACAAAACUUAUCUUCGAAUUUUGAUUUUCUUCAAACAAAUCUUAUUAAUGGUAUCUUAACAUCAAAAGAUGAAUUUUAUAAAUCAGUAAUUGAUAUAAAAAGAAUAUUAUUCAAUAAUAAUCUAUCAAAAACAUCCGAAGAUUCUCUCGACAAAUUAUUUCAUUAUUUUGAAAAUGAAUUUUUCAAAUUAUGUGAUAAUACCAAUGAACGAGUAAGUCUUAAAUUAAAUUAA